AUGGGAGUGCACGAGACACAUACAGAUUCAACUGGCGAAUUGGCUUUGUCAUCCAAUAGCACUGAUGAUGAGCAGGACGUUCUCAAACCGACCACAACUGAGACUUUCGGUGACCGAACAAAGAAGCUGUGCACCCGAUUCGCAGGUCUAAUGUCCAAUCUUGUGAACACCGUAUCAUUGGCACGCAUGGAUUAUUAUCUAUCUCUGGUAUGCCAAGGUGCCAGUGAAUGUAUCACUGAGGCACGUCAACAGUUGAUCAAUCCUGGUCUUCCCUUAGGAGUGGCAGGAGCAGAUGCUCCAGGUCACCUCGUCACGUGA